AGGAGCACUCCGCAAGUCCAGGUGACCGCGCGAGCCACGACGCGUCGCCGCUCCAGCAGACUGCCGGACACCAGGUUGCUCGAGUCACGCAAGGCAAGCUUCCCAGACGCUUUCCGGCCCGGAACGCUGUACGCAGACGCCAGGCUUCAGUUCCAGGAGCCUUCUUCCAUGUGGGGGAUGCCUGCGGGAAAUGGCGUGUCAGAGGUCAACAGCUACAAGGCGUCGCCAUGCGCCAGGUCCUCUGCCGCGCCUACUUUGGGCGCGCGGCCACACGUGCGCAACGCGGUGCAGGACGCUGCCGCGGCCGCUGC